AUGGGGUUUUUCAGAAGUUUUGUCUUCCUCUUAGUCCUAUAGUUGCUGCAGGGGUCCAAUACUCCCCUUGUUCGGCUGAAUAACAAUGGCUAUGAGGGCAUUGUCAUUGCUAUAGACGCUGCUGUGCCAGAACAUUAAACACUAACUGAACAGAUAAAGGACAUGGUGACUACAGCUUCUACUUAUCUGCAUGAAGCCACAGAAAAAAUUUUUUUCAAAAAUGUAUCAAUAUUAAUUCCAGAGAACUGGAAGAACAAAAGUCAAUACAAGAGGCCAAAACAUGAAAGCUACAAACAUGUUGAUGUUUUAGUCACACCACCUACCCUCCCAGGUAGAGAUGAGAUAUAUACCAAGCAGUUCACUGCCUGUGAAGAAAAAGGAGAAUACAUUCAUUUCACCCCUGACUUUGUACUUGGAAAAAAACUAAAUGAAUUUGGACCAUCAGGUAGAGUGUGCGUCCAUGAGUGGGCCCAUCUCCUCUGGGGAGUGUUUGAUGAGUACAAUGAUGAUGAGCCUUUCUACAGUGCUAAGUCAAAGAAAAUUGAAGCAACAAGGUGUUCUACAGAUAUUACUGGUAUAAAUAGAGUUUAUAAGUGUAAAGAAAACAGCUGUGUAACUAAUAGAUGCAAAACUGAUUCUAAGACAAAACUGUAUGAAAAAGAUUGUCAGUUCUUCCCUGAUAAAUAUCAAACUGAAAAGACAUCCAUAAUGUUUAUGCAAGGUAUUGAUUCGAUCAUUGAAUUCUGUAAUGAAAAAAACCAUAACUGAGAAGCUCCAAGCCUACAAAAUAAAAUGUGCAAUUUCAGAAGCACGUGGGAGGUGAUCAGCAAUUCUGAGGAUUUUAAAGACACUGUGCCUAUGGUGGCACCACCUCCUCCGCCCGUCUUCUCAUUGCUGAGGAUCAGUGAAAGAACUGUGUGCUUAGUUCUUGAUAAGUCUGAAAACAUGAAGGGUUCUAAUCGCCUAAAUCGAAUGAACCAAGCAGCCAAACAUUUCCUGCUGCAGACCGUUGAAAAUGGAUCCUGGGUGGGGAUAGUUGACUUUGAUAGUACUUCUCACAUUAAAAGAAAGCUAAUCCAAAUAAUAAGCAACAAAGAAAGAAGAAAGCUCUUGGAGAGCUUACCUACAGAAGCUUCAGGAGGAACAUCCAUCUGCUCUGGAACUGAAUCUGCAUUUCAGGUAAUUAGAGAAAUAUAUCCCCAAGUAGAUGGAUCUGAAAUAAUACUGGUGGCUGCCGGAGAGGACAAAAAUGUAAGAAAUUGCACGGACAAAGUGAAACAAAGUGAGGCCAUCAUUCAUUUUAUUGCUCUGGGACCACAUGCCGAUCAAGCAGUCAUAGAGAUGAGCAAUGUAACAGGCCCUAUAUUUCCACAUUUUCUGACUGACAACUGUCACAUCCCAGUCAGCUUUCAGAGAGAUUGUGAGACUAUGGUGGGUGUUUGGACUUACACUCUUCAAGCAAAAGCAAACCCAGAAACAUUAACUAUAACACUAAAUUCUCAGGCAGCAAAUUCUUCUGUGCCUCCAAUCACGGUGAAUGCUAAAAUGAAUAAAGACACAAACAGCUUCCCCAGCCCAAUGACUGUUUAUGCAGAAAUUCUACAACGGUAUAUACCCAUUCUUGGAGCCAAUGUGACUGCUUUCAUUGAAUCAAAUAAUGGGAAUACAAAAGUUAUGGAACUUCUGGAUAACGGUGCAGGUGCUGAUUCUUUCAAGAAUGAUGGAGUCUACUCCAGAUAUUUUACAACUUAUAAAGAAAAUGACAAAUAUAGCUUAUAAGUACAGGUUCAUGGAGAAACAAACACUGUUAUGAGAAGCUUAAGGUGUCCACCAAAUAGGGCCACAUAUAUACCUGGCUGGGUAGUUGAUGGGAAAAUUGAAGAGAAUCCACCAAGACCUGAAACUGAUGAGGACACUCAGACAAACUUGGAGAGUUUCACCAGAACAGCACCUGGAGGUGCAUUUGUGGUUUCAAAUGUUUCAAAACUUCCCUUACCUGACCUCUACCCACCAAGUCAAAUCACAGACCUUGAAGCCACACCUGAUGGGGAUGAGAUCAGAAUAACAUGGACAGCAUCAGGAGAUGAUUUUGAUGUUGGAAAAGUUCAACAGUAUAUCAUAAGAAUAACUGGAAGCAUCCUGGAUCUAAGGGAUAAUUUUGAUGAUGCUCUGCAAGUAAACACUACUGAUCUGUUGCCAAACGAGGCCAACUCCAAGGCAACCUUUGCAUUCAAACCAGGAAAUAUCUCAGAAGAAAAUGAAACCUAUGUAUUCAUUACUAUUCAAAGUGUGGAUAAAAGCAAUUUGACAUCAAAAGUAUCCAACAUUGCACAAAUAGCUUUGUUUAUUCCUCAAGCAGAUCCCAGUGCUGGUGAAAGUCAUCCAAAUCUCAGAGUUAACAUUUCUACCUUGGUAUUGUCAGUGGUUGGAUGUGUUGCAAUUGUUAGUGUUAUUUUAAGUGCCACUAUUUGUAUUUUAAAGAAGAAAAGAAAUGCAAUUAGAGCAAGGACUGGAUUUUAA